AGUGGGAGUGGUCAGAUGGGCCGAAGGGGGCGGGCUGGAUGGCGCUCAACAGCAGACAGCUUUCAGAUAACUGUUUGUUUUUCAUUAAUAUUCGAGAACUUUAGAAUAACCUAGUUUUAUUGGCGCUUUCUUCUUAUUUUGUAUUUAUUAUACGUACCAACUAGGCUAGAUUCGACACAAGGAUGGCCCAGUCAAAGAAAUCUGUUCUUUUUAUCUGUCUCGGAAACAUAUGUCGCUCUCCAAUAGCAGAAGCUGUGUUUGCUAAGUUGGUCAAGGAUGCUGGGAAACAAAAUGAGUGGAACAUUGACAGUGGCGCUAUUGGUAAUUGGCAUGUAGGAAAAGGACCAGAUCGCCGAGCAAUUUCUGUAUUAACUAAGCACAGUAUAUCUACAAGUCAUAAAGCAAGACAGAUAAAGAGUAAAGAUUUCUCAGAGUUUGAUUACAUUUUUGGGAUGGAUGAAGAUAAUAUGGAUGACCUGAAAUCAAUGGUUCCAACCAAUUCAAAAGCCAAAAUUGAAUUGCUGGGAACUUACGAUCCUCAGGGAGAACUGAUAAUACGAGACCCAUAUUAUGACAGUGGAGAAGAGGGCUUUGAGAAAUGUUACCAGCAGUGCAUGCGGUGCUGUGCAGCUUUUUUGGAACGAAUGGGCUAACCGGUUACAAACCUUGGUGAAAAUAUGAGACUGAAUAAGUUUCGGGUCGCCAAUCUCAAUGUUCAGUGCAAAAUACAUUGUGAAGAUUUUUCCAUCCCAA